GCCAACUUGCCCAGUCAGCCUACUCCGUUUGGCCAGUUAACGCGCAACAGUCAAUUCAAACGGUUUAGUUAACACUCCGUUAAAAUUUUUAUUUACAGUAAAUGCUUGCACGCGGCGUGUUCUUCACAAUUCACUUUGAUAGGAUAUCUAAUUGUCACACAUCGCCAUUGGAGUCACUGAGACGCACUAAUCGACUAAUCGAUACACACACACACAAACAUAAACACACACUCACACAAACACACAAAAUCAUGCUAAUUUCAAUUCAAACAAUGUUUUAUGGCGUAGCCUAUGUCUUGUCAACUUGGCUGUUUUUGUUUUGGCUUGAGUUUCUGUGGUCACGUAGACGUUUUUAUCGCGUCGCAUGGCAAUUGUCCGGCCCUUGGGGUUGGCCGUUCCUUGGAAAGGGAUUGGAAAUGAUGCGUCCGGAUACAUUCAUGCAAUACUUGGAGAGUACAGCUAAGGAAUAUGCCACACCCUUUAUUUCAUGGAUGGGCACAAGUUGUUUCCUUUACGUUAAUGACCCGGACACAGUGGACACGGUUUUCAAUUCACCGCACUGCACAAACAAAGGCGAACUCUAUAGCUUUGUGGCGGAAGGAAUUGGCGAUGGACUCUUCACAUCCAGCUCACCCCGCUGGAAUAAGCAUCGCCGCCUCAUCAAUCCGGCUUUUAGUCGUCAAAAUAUUAACAACUUCCUGCCUAUUUUCAAUGUAGAAGCUAAUCUGAUGCUGGGCAAAUGUGCGGAUUUGGCGAAAAGUGGCGAAAAAUUUAAUAUCUACGAGAUGUUGAAACGUAGCGUUUUAGAGACGGCUUGUCAGACCACAAUGGGAAAGCGAAUGAAUUUUGAGAACGAAGCUUCUGCACAUAUCUUCGAGGCAUAUAAAGACCUCACCGAAGCGUGUGUGCGACGUAUGCUGUCGCCGUGGCUAUAUCCGAGCGUGCUCUUCCGCUGCUCCUCGCUGUAUGUGCGGCAGGAGCAGAUCGUCCGGGUGCUCUUCAACUUCAUUGAUGGUUUGCUGCAACGAAAAAAUAAUAAAUCUGUUGCAAACAUCACGACAAACCAACAACAGCUGCAGCAACAGCAAGAACAAGUACAACUAGGACGGCACUCAACGUUGAAUGGAAAUGAAAGUGAAAAUUGCUCUGGGACCGAUAGUGCACAAGUGAAUGGAAAAGUGUGUGCGAGUGUAAAUGCAGCAACGGAUGCGGAUGCUUCAGCGACGCUACGGAAGUCGAAAGCUAUAUUUGUGGAGCAAGUUCGUGCGCAUGUCGAACAAGGUCAAUUCACAUGGGAGGAUGUGCGCGCCGAGGCGAACGUCAUCAUAGCGGCGAGUUUUGAGACUACUUCAACUGGCUUGUACAUCGUAUGCUUGUGCCUAGCCAUGCAUCCCGAAUACCAAGAGAAACUCUACGACGAACUCAGUAAACUUUUCCCCGAAAAAACACCACCUGAAAUCAACUACGAACAAUUGGAGAGAAUGCAUUACACCGAAAUGAUCAUAAAAGAGGCGAUGCGUCUCUUUGCACCUGUGCCAUUUGUUUUACGCAGCGCCUCCAAUGAUUUCCACCUACGUAAUGGCGUACUCAUACCACGUGGCACACAAAUCGCCAUCGAUAUUUAUAACAUGCAACGUGAUGAACGUUUUUGGGGUGAAAAUGCGAAACAGUUCAAUCCGGAAGCACAUUUCGGACCGUCUGCGCCAUCACGACAUCCUCUAGCUUACAUACCAUUCACGAAGGGUCUGCGCAUGUGCAUCGGCUAUCGUUAUGCGAUCAUGUUGAUGAAGGUCUUCGUGGCGAAGAUAUUCCAUCAAUAUCGUUUGAAAACCGAUGCAACAUUAGAUCGAUUGAAAUGUAAGGGCGCGAUUUCACUAAAACUGGUCGAAUAUCCGUUGAUACAAUUAGAGGCGCGUGUUAGAUGAAGUGGAGAGUGGAGAAAAAAUCAAUGGAAAAUAAAAUGUGUUAAAUAUUAAGAUUUUCUUUGUUAUAUAUGUAAUAA